AUUAUGAUUCUAAUGGAGAUUUAAUAAGAAUUAAACUAUACGUCACCAAAAAUAUUAAAAUUAUACUUAUGGGAUUUUGUCCUAAUAAUCAUUCAAAUGAAAAAGGAAGAAUUAAUUCUAAUUGUCUGGCUAUUAAUUUGAAUAGACUUUCAAACAAACAGAGAACAAAAUUAAAUGUGAAAUUUUCCAAAGGUGUAAUAGUAUUUACUAAAAAUGAUAUUAUGGAUCCUGAAGUUGGAGGAUCUCGAAAAAGCUUUUCAGAAAACAUUGUUAGUUUAACAGAAUAUUUUAUGAACCGUUUUAUUCCAAAGUUACAUAAUUCACUUAAAUAUAAUCAUGAAUUUAUUACACAAAAACAAAUUUCUACUUUUUAUGUACUUGGUCCACUUGGUUCUUUUUCACAUGAAUUAGCUCAAGAAAUAUGUGAAAUAUUAAAUAUUGAUAUAGAGACUAUAAA